ACCGAUGAAGCGCUUGCCUUCCACCAGGCGGUGUACACCACCGCACAGCAGAUCCCCUUCGGAAAAGUGACGAGCUACGGCCACAUUGCCAAACUUAUUGACAAACCGUUGAAUCCCCGCCAGGUGGGACAGCUGUUGAAGUAUCUUCAGGAGUAUUCGGAGGAUAGUACGCAGGAUGUAUCUGAGUUUACUCAGCGGUUCAACCAUCUCACGGUGCCGUGGUGGCGUGUGAUUUCUUCGCAGGGUAAGAUUUCCAGCCGAGGACCGACUCCACGAAGAAACACCAACCAGGAUGUCCUGGGGGAAGAGCGUCAGGCAAGAAAGUUGAGGCUGGAAGGGGUGGAAGUGAGCGAAAGCAGUUACCAAGUAGAUUUAGGUGAGUAUGGCUGGUUCCCU